AUGGCCUCCUUAACGAUCACCUUGAACGAUGGUAACAAAAUCCCUUGGCUGGGGUUUGGGACAGGUACCGCCUUCUUUGGAAAGGACGCGGAGGAUGCAACCCGAAUGGCAAUCGAACACGAUCUUCUUCACCUGGACGGCGCUCAGCUUUACAAGAACGAGGAGUCUCUCGGCGCAGCAAUUGCUGCAUCGGGAAAGCCCCGCUCUUCGUUUUACAUUACAACGAAGCUCGAGAAAAUUUCUCUGGGACGAACCGUCCGCGACAUGCUCGUGACAUCCUUGGAGAAAUUACGACUUGGUUUUGUCGACCUUUUCCUCAUCCACUUCCCCAUUGAGCAUGAGCAGCCACUAAGUGCCAUUUGGAAACAGUUUGAGGAUGUGCAGAAAGAGGGCUUGACGAGAAGCAUUGGUGUAUCCAAUUUUCGCAUCCAGGAUUUUGAAGCAAUUUUAGACAAGGCCAAUGUCAUUCCAGCUGUCAAUCAAAUCGAAUAUCACCCUUACGUGUUUAACGCCAACCAGUCAGUGAUGAAGUACAUGAAGGAGAAGAAUAUUCUCCCCGCAUCUUAUGGUGGAUUGUCUCCUGUAAUACGCUUCAGAGGGGGGACGCUAGAUCCGGUGCUCAUAUCUGUUGCCGGGCGGGUGAGCAAGACGGCGGGACAGACUGUCACAGAGGGGCAAGUCCUACAAUUGUGGCUCAAAGCGAAGCAAAUCCCUGUCAUCACCACAACCUCUAAGGCUGAGCGCGUCCAAGAAUAUUUAGCAGCAGAGGCUUUACCCGAUCUCACUCUCGAAGAAGUGUCGGCGAUCGAUGAAGCAGGCACGAAAGUCCAUCAUCGUUAUUUCGCCAAAUACUGGGAUAACGAGGGGUCUGCUCUAUAG